GAGCUUACCACAACUGCAAUCCAUUUUGUAGUGAUGAUGUCUCACAAUGACUACUAGCAGACUGUCGCCAGCUUGCAUCUGAAGCAGGUCAGACGCCCGAGCAUCCAUACUACCAACAACAUGAUAAUCCAUCCAGUGGCCAAUAAGAUCUCCUAACAGAUCGACCAUAUACCACAUCCCCGCCCACAACAACUAUAAACAACAAAAAUUAUACCACCAGGUUGACGUCCACCAUACAAACCGCAGAACCCUUAUCAAAAUAUCCUCGGAUAUUCAAUCCUCGCACAGAAAGCCGAGCCCUCCCGCAAAGUAAUAAUGGCGAUGCGUGCGUGGUCUAGACCAACAACCCCGCAACUGACAGGAGGACAAAGAUCAAGAUAAAGGAAGCAUAAAAUAUUAACUCCUAUCCUCAACAACAACAACAACAACAACAACACCACACAUAGCCCAUUGCCUUUCGCCCCUACCCCUUCACCGAAUUUCACUCCCCAAAUGCCACAAUGACAACCACCGCCCGCCUCGCCAACAAAAUCGCCAUCGUAACCGGCGCCUCCUCCGGCCUCGGCCGCGCCAUCUCGAUCCGGUACGCCCGCGAAGGCGCAAAACUCGUCUGCGCGGACCUCACCCCGACCGCUCGCGCGCAGGUGCCAUCCGAGACCGAGAUCGCGACGCAUGACCUGAUCGUGCAGGGCGGCGGGGAAGCCCUCUUCGUGAAGACGAACGUUGGGGAUGCGGGGGAUAUGGAGCGGUUGGUGCAGAGGGCUGUGGAGGUGUUCGGGCGGCUGGAUAUUCUCGUCAACAAUGCCGGCAUUGCCAUCGAAGCAAGAACGCCCGCCGUGUGCCAUCUGACCGAGGAGGAGGUGUGGGAUGCUACGAUGCGCGUGAACAGCAAGUCCGUCUUCCUCGGGUGCAAGUACGCGACGGCUCAGAUGUUGAAGCAGGAGCCGCAUCAGCCCUCCGGGGAUCGUGGGUGGAUUAUUAAUAUGUCGUCAAUUAUGGGGAUUGUGGCGGGGUUGGAGAAUGUGAUCUCCUACUGCGCUUCGAAAGGCGCAGUGAGCAACCUCACGAGACAGGUGGCGCUGGACUAUGCCCCCCACAGGAUCCAUGUCAAUGCCCUUGGUCCUGGCUACACCCAGACGGCUAUUUUUCAAGAAACAACAUCCUACAUGACCCCUCUAAAGGAGCUGCAACAGCGGCACCCGCUCAAGGGGCCCGGGAUGCCGGAUGAUAUGGCUCGGAUGGCAGUGGUGUUGGCUAGUGAGGACGCCGGUUGGGUGACUGGGAUUCUUCUGCCGGUGGAUGGCGGUUAUACUGCCCGUUAG